CCCCGGAGUUGACGGUGAGGCCUGCCAGAGCGCCGCCAGGGGCGGGACUGGUCGUGCAGGCGUGGGGAUGCCGGCCGAUUUGCAGCCCCACGCUACCGGAAGCGGAAAUAGCGGCUGGCGCCGCCAGAGUAUCCAUAACUGCCGUCGUGAUGCCGAAGGGUCCCAAGCAGCAGCUGCCGGAGCCCGAGUGGAUCGGAGACGGAGAGGGCACGAGCCCCGCAGACAAAGUGGUGAAGAAAGGGAAGAAAGACAAGAAGAAUAAAAAGACGUUCUUUGAAGAGCUGGCAGUAGAAGAUAAACAGGCUGGGGAAGAAGAGAAAGUACUCAAGGAGAAGGAGGAGCAGCAGCAGCAGCAGCAAAAAAAGAAACGAGACACCCGAAAAGGCCGGCGGAAGAAGGAUGUGGAUGAUGAUGGAGAGGAGAAGGAGCUCAUGGAGCGUCUUAAGAAGCUCUCAGUGCCAGCCAGUGAUGAAGAAGAAGAGGUACCUGCCCUGAUACCCCGAGGAGGGAAGAAAACCAAGGGAGGUAAUGCUUUUGCAGCCCUGAUUCAGGAUCAGAGUGAGGAAGAGGAAGAGGAGGAAAAACACUCUGCUAAGCCUGCCAAGCCAGAAAAGAAUCGGAUCAAUAAGGCGGUAUUUGAGGAACGACAACCAGGACUCAAGAACAAAAAGGGGAAGGCCAAGCCUCAAAAUAAAUUUUCCACUCUGGACAAUGAAGAUGAAGAGGAUAAAAAAGAAGAAACAACAAAGGAAGAGGAGCCACCCCAGCAAGGGAAGGAGAAGGCCAAUAAGGCGGAGCAGUUCUCACCAGGUUCAGAGGAAGAAGAAGGAGAGUCUAAGGCUGAUGACCCCUAUGCACAUCUUAGCAAGAAAGAGAAGAAAAAGCUGAAGAAACAGAUGGAGUAUGAGCGCCAAGUGGCUUCAUUAAAAGCAGCCAGUGCUGCUGAGAAUGACUUCUCUGUGUCACAAGCAGAGGUGUCCUCCCGCCAAGCCAUGCUGGAAAACGCAUCUGACAUCAAGCUGGAGAAGUUCAGCAUCUCAGCCCAUGGCAAGGAGUUAUUCGUCAAUGCAGACCUGUACAUUGUGGCUGGGCGCCGCUAUGGGCUAGUGGGACCCAAUGGCAAGGGCAAGACCACUCUCCUAAAGCACAUUGCCAACCGAGCCUUGAGCAUCCCCCCCAACAUCGAUGUGUUGCUGUGUGAGCAGGAGGUGGUAGCGGAUGAGACACCUGCAGUGCAGGCUGUUCUUCGAGCAGACACCAAGCGACUGAAGCUGCUGGAAGAAGAGCGACAGCUUCAGGGGCAGCUGGAGCAGGGUGAUGACACAGCUGCCGAGAGGCUGGAGAAGGUGUAUGAGGAACUGCGGGCUUCCGGUGCAGCAGCUGCGGAAGCCAAAGCCCGGCGGAUCCUGGCUGGUCUGGGCUUUGACCCUGAAAUGCAGAAUCGGCCCACAGAGAAGUUUUCAGGGGGCUGGCGCAUGCGUGUGUCCUUGGCCAGGGCACUGUUCAUGGAGCCCACACUGCUGAUGCUGGAUGAGCCCACCAACCACCUGGACCUCAAUGCUGUCAUCUGGCUCAAUAACUACCUCCAGGGCUGGCGGAAGACAUUGCUCAUCGUCUCCCAUGACCAGGGCUUCCUGGAUGAUGUCUGCACUGAUAUCAUCCAUCUUGAUGCCCAGCGCCUUCAUUACUAUAGGGGCAAUUACAUGACCUUCAAGAAGAUGUACCAACAAAAGCAGAAAGAACUGCUGAAGCAAUAUGAGAAGCAGGAGAAAAAGCUGAAGGAGCUAAAGGCAGGUGGCAAGUCCACCAAGCAGGCGGAAAAGCAAACAAAGGAAGCCCUAACUAGGAAGCAGCAGAAAUGCCGACGGAAAAACCAGGAUGAGGAGUCACAGGAGACCCCUGAGCUCCUGAAGCGCCCCAAGGAGUACAUUGUUCGCUUUACAUUCCCCAACCCCCCGCCACUUAGCCCUCCUGUGCUGGGCCUGCAUGGUGUGACAUUUGGCUAUGAGGGGCAGAAACCACUCUUUAAGAAUCUGGAUUUUGGCAUUGACAUGGACUCAAGAAUCUGCAUUGUGGGCCCUAAUGGUGUGGGGAAGAGCACCUUGCUCCUGCUCCUGACAGGCAAGCUGACUCCGACUCGUGGAGAAAUGAGAAAGAACCACCGGCUGAAAAUUGGCUUCUUCAACCAGCAGUAUGCGGAGCAGCUGCGCAUGGACGAGACACCCACCGAUUACCUGCAGCAAGUCUUCAACCUGCCCUACCAGGAUGCCCGGAAGUGCCUGGGUCGCUUUGGCCUUGAGAGUCAUGCCCACACCAUCCAGAUCUGCAAACUCUCUGGUGGGCAAAAAGCCCGAGUUGUGUUUGCAGAGCUGGCCUGUCGGGAGCCAGAUGUCCUCAUCUUGGAUGAGCCCACCAAUAACUUGGACAUAGAGUCGAUUGAUGCUCUGGGGGAGGCCAUCAACGAGUACAAGGGUGCUGUGAUUGUCGUCAGCCAUGAUGCCCGGCUCAUCACAGAAACCAACUGCCAGCUGUGGGUGGUGGAGGAGCAGAGUGUUAGCCAAAUCGAUGGUGACUUUGAGGACUACAAGCGGGAGGUGUUGGAGGCCCUGGGUGAAGUCAUGGUCAACCGCCCCCGAGAGUGAUCUCCCUUCCCAGAAGACCAGCUUGUGUGACCUGGAUGCCCCCUGUUGUUUCUCUGUCUCCACUCAGAAGCCUGCCUCUGUUCUGCAGCUGACAGGGAGGCAGAGGUGGUCUUGAUAUGAUUAGGAUGCCACUUUGAUUGCUUCCUUUCCUCUGAAAGAUUUGUUCACUUUCCUUAUAAACUAGUCUGGCCUUACUUUUGACACUUCUCUGUGCCGAAAGAGAUGAGCAUCUUCAUUAUUGUGGGUUCCAUCCAGCCAAACUUAGGUGACCAGAAGUUGUCUUGAGUCUCUCUCAUCACUCUGCACCCUGCCUCUGGUCCACUUUAAAGCUUCCAGCCCAGUGGCCCCCUGGUCUCUUGAGUGGUGCUGUUCUUUUUUGGUUUUUGAUGGAUUUCAUGCUGACUUUGUGAUACAAAUGGCUGUGGCAGUUCAACUGAGGGAGAAGUCAGGCCUGAGCUAUUAUCUGGCAUUUGGUGUGUGCAGUCUCUUGUCUAGUUGGAGACUUGGGGGCAGGAAAGGAACACUACUGAACUUGAAUUUCCCUGUACAAGGGGAAGGAAUAAAGGAAAGGAAUUACUGGUGCCCUGUCUGUUUGGAGAUUCAUGGGAGCUGGAACUGUUUUUGAUCUUGAUUUUCUUUCUUUUUUUUUUCUUCCUCCCUCCCUCCCUUCUUUCCCUCCUUCCUUCCUUCCUUCCUUUUUCUUUCUUUCAAAUAAAGAUUUUAUUUAUUUAUUUAUUUUUAGGCAGGUGACUGGUGGGAGAAAGAGAGGGAGAAAAACAUCAAUAUAUGGUUGCCUCUCAUGCACCCCCCUACUGGGAACCUGGCCCAUAAUCCAGGUAUAUGACUGGGAAUCAAGCCAGUGCCCCGUUGGUUCACAGGCUGGUGCUCAGUCCACUGAGCCACACUAGCCAGGUGGCUUAAUUUUCUUUAUUCAGUUUUCUGGUGGCAUUUAGUAUCCUCACUUCCCCACUAAUACAGAUGGAUCUAACCUGCACUCUUACUACACUUACAAUGGUGCUUGCUCUGAGGAGCCUCCCUCUCUUCCCCUCACCUUUCAGACAGGGAGAAGGGAGAGUCCAGGACACUCAGGUAUCUCACUGUACAAGGUCUGCCCCUGUGGUCAGGGACCAGCUACUAAAUCACCUGAUAUGUAGAGUACUGGGAGUUAUACCAGAAGGGGAAAGACAGAAUCUGCCUUCAUGGAUAGUUAGAGAAGGCUUAGCAAAUAGGACAUGAAUGUACAUUGUGAUAGGAUUAAUUGCCAGUGCAUGGUUCUCUAGACUCUUAAGUUGCUACAUGCCCCUAGAAGGGAAAGAUUAUCUGGAAUGUGAUUUUUGGGAGGAUCACUUGAAAAAAAAAUAAGGAUUUGAAUAAUGAGGGAACAGAGAGCCAUAUCUGGAACCAUGAAAGAGAAGAUCUAAGGCUUGGAAGGAAGAAAACCAAAACUGUAUAGGAGUUAAUGAGAGAAUAUGGCUCGAAUGGCCACUUUUCUUAGUUUUUGAAGAGUGGGUUUGGAAAGUAAAAUACAAGUGGUGGGUGGUGAUUUUAGGUAGUGAUAGGCAAGACAAACUGUAGAGCCAUGAUUGGUAUAGCUCAGUGGGCUUGGCAUCGUCCUGCAGACAGAAAGGUCCCCGGUUCAAUUCCCAGUUGGAAUACAUACCUGGGUUCUGGACCAGGUCACCUUUGGGCACAUGAGAGGCAACCAAUUGAUAUUUCUCUCUCUCCCUCCCUUUCCCUCUAAAAAUAAAAUCUUUUUUUUUUAAGGCAAACUGUAGAAACUUACAGGGGUAGACCCCAUACUUCCGUGGGGAAGAGGCAAUCCUGAACUAGACAGGGUUGGAAAGGACAGGGCAGAUGGAAGGACCAGAUAUGGGAACUGAAGACACGAGGGUGAUCAGUGUAGCUAACCUUUUCUAGGGAGAUAUAAAGAGCUGUUUGGUUAAGACUGAGGUCGGAACUCUAAUUCUGGGAAAUUAUUUUCUGGCCAAUUGAAUAAAUGAAACUGGAUUUCUAGUAAAAGUAUUUUACUACAAGUGCAGUUUUGGUGUGGAGACAGUUGUAGAGGUGCUAUAAGGUCACAUGUCUAAUUUAGAGAGAAAGCAACCCCCUCUUAACAUAAUUGGU